ACCCUGUUUCUUAAUCCCCACAAUCUUCCUUUCACUGCCCCCCAUGCCUUCAUCUAUAUAUAUACAUAGCCCUUCUUUCCCUCCUUACCUUCUGCUUCAUCUUUCAAACCUCUCUUCCAUCAAUGGCUCGCUUCCUCACCUUCCUCUCAUGUUCUUUCUCAUCUCUGCUUCACUCUGUUCCUUUUCAGAAGCCAGAAAGCUCCAAGUGGGUGCACAGAGGAGCUUCCGGAAUGACGUCCCGUCGACGUCAAGGGACAGUCUGUUCCUGAGUUCCCUUCCCAAGGGCACUGUGCCUUCUUCUACGCCCAGCAAGAAAGGCCACGCCAUGGUGGUUGACGAGAAGCUCAUUGCUCGUCACCUUAUCGCCAUUGAUCGACUUCUGAGCUCUGUUCCUAGCCCCGGUGCUGGUCACUAGCUUCUUCUUAGCCCCUCACAUUUUUUUAUUAUUUUUUUUUCAAUUUUGUUACCUAUUUAAAUUCCUAGUAUUGUUGUUGCAGAGAAUCAGAUUAGCUAGGUGUAUUCGACCAUGUAAAAGCUAGUAUAUAUAUGUGUCUCUGUUUUGGGACUAUCCGCAUGUGAUCGGUCCCUUUUUGAUUGUUAUCAUUAGUGGAGAAGAAAAU